CAGCAGCAGCAUCAGGCAGUAAACCUUUAGAAAAUUCGAAUUAUUUCAGAAAGAACAGUAUAGGGGCAAAAUCAACUCGGAGAUCUCUGAGCUAGUAACUAGCUCUAUGUUAAUUUCGAGGUGGUAAGAAAUAUUUAUUAUGUUGCGUUUUAUACAUGUUCUAACAAUUUUAGAAGGGCAGUAAGACUGAGGCCGUGCUAUAUCAAGAAUAUAGUCACAGAAAAAUGGCGUCGGGACACCCAUUUACCUGUGACUAUAUUCAUCAUAUUGCACGGUCGUAUGUGUACUACUAUGAAACGUUUACAACAUCUAGCUUUAAAAUUACAACCGAAAUAAGCGAUUAUUCAUAUUUUUAUUAAUCUGUCCACCGGAGCGCGUUUGCUAGACCUAGAACUGUUCAAAACAAGACCUUGUUGCGAUGCAGCAUGGUGUGUAUUCACAAGGAACCAAACUGGAGGGUCCUACCUGAAUUCGUCCAAUAGAAAGUCUAGUUUUUGUUGCAAAAAGUUUCCCGUUGCAAAACGUUUUGCUACGGUGUGUGACUGCUGAAUAUACACCUAAGCCUAAUGUUGCUGGCUCCUAGCAGUCUUUUCUGCAUUUUCGUUUGUUUGAACUUUUUUCUAUUUACAUUUGAUUAGGAUAUCCUAUCCUAGGACCUAUGUGAUGUGUAACUUCGCCUCGUUCAGUUGGAUGUCAGUGCUCUGCCCAGCUACCAAAUAGCUUGCAAACUCGCUAGCUAGUUUGUAGUUUAAUUUUUGCUAGCUACGUUAGCUAACGUUCCCCUGGACUGGAGUUAGAACCCCCUGCCCAGUCACUGUGUUGCCUUUUGCAGUAUUUACCUGGCUUGUUAGCUAGAUGGCUAACUAUCUAGCUAAUUGUGGUAGUAGGCAUGACUAAACUGCUUGUAAUUUCUCUCUUCAGAUUCUAAAAGGGAUGAAAUGUCAGGCUCACUGUGUAUACAGUGUCAGACACAAACCACAGUGUUUAGUAAGACCUGCAACAGUUGUUUCUUCAACCAUCCAACAGAGAAGAGGAUGUUACAAGCAAUGAAGAAGUAUGAUUACGAAUGGGGACACAAUGAUUGCAACCAUUAUAAUAAUAGCUCUCAGAUAUUGACUUCCACUAAAGUAUUGGUAAGUGUUCCCCCUCCCCAUAUAACAAUGUUAAUAAUAAUAAUAAUAAUAAUAUAUAUUCAAUAUAUAUAAAUAUAUUCAAGUUAGAGGCUAGCUACUACUGUAAUUCUGAAUGUCUGAAUCUGUAUUUCAGCUCUACAAAUUACACACUCUGGGAUUUGUCCCCCUUCUCCUGCUUGGAAAAAGGAGAAGGGGAUCAAAACAUAUCGAUAUGGAUUCCUUUUGCCCGCACCCCGAAGUCAUAAAAGAAACGGGCUCUAUUGAAACAUUGAGAAACAUUUAUUUAGGUCUUCUGAAUGGUAAGUGUACCUCAUGUUUCAUUUUUUGUUCUUUUUCAAAUAUUUUAUUUUUAAAGGAUUUUCUUUCACAAUUUAGUACCAAAGUCAGACACAGCUGCCAGACAUAUAAAGUGGAAUAUUGCUUAGAGGAAAGAUUCCCCCAUUUUGAAUGUUUUAUCGUAUUUGUGCAUCUUUGAGCGAUGUUCUAUCGAUUCCCGGUGUCAUAAAAAAAAAUCAUGUGUAUCUGAGCUAUUCGCCAUUCAAGCAUACAGCCAGUAUGACACAUUUUACAUCAUAUGAUGCAAUAUGACGAUAUAAUGUUCAAAAUCGGUGAAUCCUUCCUUUAAGUGACAACAAUAUAACAGUUACAACAACAGUAAGCGUUCAUAAUCAGUCUCUAUCCAGAAGAUCCAGAAACAGACCCCAAAUCUUGAUUUGAUUUAUUAGGAUCUCCAAUAGCUGAUGCCAAUGGCGGCAACUAGUCUUACUGGGAUCCGACACAUAACGAAAAAGACAUUACAGACAAAAUACUUUACAAUUUACAUACAUUUAAAGAGAAAUCUGUUGAAGGAAUUAAUCAUGUAAAACAAAUAUUUUCCAUGUUAUAUGAUGUGAAUAAUUUUUGAUAGCCAUCCGGAAGCAAGGGGGGGGUGGGUGACUUGCAUUCUGUGAAGAUGUUUUUGGGGGCAUCCACCAUACCAAACAUCAGAGCCUGUUGUUCCUCAUAGGAUGAUUUUAAAACAGUCUCUUAGCCGCCGAAGAGAGCAUGUUCUGGGUCAGGUUCAAUCGCCCUCUCAUAUACCUUUGAAUACAAUUUUUUUUUAAAGUGCACAAAAGUCAUUAAGUAGGGGGCAGAGCCAAAAAAGAUAACUUAAUGAACCCUCUGAGGCUUUACAUCUGUCACACUGUGGGGAGACCUGGUGGUAAAUUCUAUGUAAUUUGGUUUUGGAGUAUUGAAGCCUAUGCAUUAUUUUGUAUCAAUUGAUAUCUGGCAUUGAGGGAACAGGAGUGACUUAUAGACAGGGCUUCUCCCCAGAUAUCAUCUGAGCUCUCAAUAUUUAACUCUUUAGCUACCAUAGGUAUCCUUGGGGUGACUGGUAGAGGCCUCUGUAUAGUUGGAGAAAAAGGAGACAGAUUGUGAGACGAGGUGUUUUGAGUUGGGAGGGCACUGUAGCGGGUCAUAAAAGGAAUGUUGUACAGGGAGGGUUUCAACAUUUUCAAUCUUCCAUUUGACAUAGUGUCUGAUGUGUAGAUAGCAUAAGAAAUGGGAAUCAGAGAGUUCAAAUGUGUUCUUUAACUGGUUGAAUUAUGCAAAUGGUUUAUCUAUGUGUUCUAUUGUGGCCAGUCCCUUCUCCCCCCACUCAACACAUACCUUAUCAGACCUGGGUGGAACAAAAUAAUGUUUAAAACAUAUUGAGGUGUGUACAGAGGUAUCAGGCACCUUAAAAACAUUUCUCAAAACAAAGUUAUUGCCUGUCAGUUUGUUUUGGGCACUCUGGUUUGGAGAAAUGCAUGGCUGGAAAAUAGGAAUUUGUUGCGGUCUUGACUUCCAUAUUUAGCCACAGGAGGGCAUCAGUGUCCAAUUUAUCAGGGAAACCUAAUUGCCAGUGCGUUAAUGCCCUGGCAUUUACAGCCCAGUAUUCAUGUUUAAAGAUUAGUAGGCUGCCACUUUCCUUGGGCUUUUGCAAGUGAGCUUUACAAAUAUGAUGAGUCCAAUGUUUUUAAAAAUGAAGAGGAAAGAAAAUAUAAACGAUUUUUAUGCAUAGAGUCAGUAUUUUCCAGCUCUAUGUUUUGUUUUGUAAUUAGCUCACUGUAGUUAAGCUUGAAGGUGAGCUUUGGGUUUCUAGGUAGUGUACCUCAUGAUUCUGUAUUUGACAUGGAAAUGAAAGCUUCUGAUGCUCAUUGUAGUGAUAUUUGAAUAACUAUCAUUCUUUAUAAUGCAGUCACACUCGGCACUGAGUCCCAAUGCCAGUGCUCCCCAGUGUCUCCAGAGCCAGACGGGACCCCUGCACCAGACGAGGUAGAUGGAACCCCUACAACAAUCAAUCCAGUGGGAACCCCUGCACCAACCAAGCGAGACGGAAUCCCCAUAUCAUUACGACUGAACCUAAUCCCCACACCAACAGAGCCAGGCAAACCCUCCACACCAACCAAUCCAGUGGGAAUCCCUACACCAACCAAUCUAGUGGGAACUACUACAGCAAUUGCUCCAUCAGGAACCCCUGCACUAAAUAUGCUAUACGGAAUCCCCACAUCCAUCAGCCUGAACAAAAUCGCCACACUAACAGAGCCAGCCAAACACUCCACAUCAACCAAUCCAGUGGGAACCCCUUCACCAAUGAAUUCAGUGGGAACCCCUGCACCAGCCGAGCGAGACGGACUCCCCACACCAACAGACCCAGGCAAACCCUCCACACCAACCAAGCUAGACGUAAUCCCCACAUACAUCUGCCUGAACGGCAUCCCCACAUCCAUCUGCAUGAACGGAACCCCCACACCAAUACAGCCCAAAAUUCCCAGACCAAUACAGCCCAAAAUCCCCACACCAAUACAGUCAGACAAACCCUCCACACAAAACAAUCCAGUGGAAACCCCUACACCAAUGGAUGAAACCUCUGACUCCUCUGAGCCCCAGGACCAAGAGAUACAAAGGCUAAAAAGAAAAAUGUGGACAGGUAAGCAUUAGGAGCCGGUUUCCCUGACAGAGUAGUCCGGGCCUAAAAAGCAUGCUCAAUGGAGAAUCUCUAAUGAAAGUGCUUUUUAGUCCUGGAUAAGGAAAGAGGCUCUUUAUGUUGAAAUAUAAAAUGAUCUGUUUCACAACAUAUUGUAUAUUUGCAGUUCUCACGCAUGUGCCAUUUAUCACACAGAUGGAGAUCUAAUCGAAGCUGAAGACGGUGCAACCACUCAAGCACAAAAGAGAAUAAAGACAACCGGUAUAACUGAUAUAUUUCAAUUAACUUACUUAGGCUUAAGGUUCUGUACAAUCAAAAUCUACAUUUUUGUAUUGUGCCACAUUGUCAUGAUGAUGCAAAAUGCAUCAUAUGUUGCAAAACGCAUCAUGAUGAUGUGGCACAAUACACUUUGCAUCUUGAAGUGCUAUAUCCUUAAAACUUGAUUGCUUACAAGCAAAACAUUUUGGAACUGUAUCAACAGUGCACUAAUGAAGAAAAAAAAUAACUAAACGUUUUUGAGUGGAUUAUUCUAUUAAAACUAUAAAUGGAGCUGAAACAUAAAAUAAGGAUUGUAUCAAUAAUUUGCUAUCAUAUAGCAUUGACAUGUAGAUUAUAAAAUGGAAAUUUUCAUUAACAAAAAUAUUAAAUCGUUUUAUGAUCCUGUUUAUAAGCUUUCAAAUAAUAUUAAAAACAAACAUUAUCUUUAUUAGUGACAGAGAUAUGGGUAUUUCAUGAUAGUGAGGGGUCCAAAAUGGGACAACUGAGCAGCUCUAUCCCCAAAAUGGUUGGUCAUUCAGGUCCAAGAUUCACAUCCUCAUCAUUUCUACCAAGAGCAUGUAUAGAAAGUUUAAUUUCAAUAAAAAAGGUGAUUAAUUUGAUAUGGAAUAACCUCAUGGCUACUUCAUCACUUUCACUCUCAAAAGUAUCACCACAGAAAAAAGGGGAAACCCAGAUACGUCACUGGUGGUAUAAAUCUGAAGCAUCCGUUUAGAACUUCCACUCACCACCAAAUAUGGUGAGAAGAACAUUCAGUUUGUUGAGCGCAUAAUUUCUUUUGCACGCACUACAGACGGCUAUGUCGAUCUGCUAAUACAGGACUAGUAAAGGGCCAGUGCACACAUUUCUUUUUUAAACCUUUUAUUUGUAUUAAUAUAUUUUUUAUUUAUUCAGAUUUUUCAGUGGGGUGCUACAGCACCGCUACUUCUUGCGGCUAUGACAGACUCCAUGAAAUGAUGACCUCUUCCUAAAUAUUUCGUUAUGAAAAAAAAAAAUAUAUAUAUAUGGUUUCCUAGCCUUUGGCUCAACUUACCCACACAGACUUGACGCUUUGCCAAAGUUUCUAAAAAUGUUGUUUAGAAGUCCAAGGGCGAAUUGAGUUCUUGCGCACACACACUUCCCUAAUGGAAAUAUCCAAAUACAUGCUAAAAUACGCCAAUAGUAUCUUGCUAGCUCAUGCUUAGCUCUGCCCAUCUCCUUGCUUGUUCUGCCCACUGUGCUUCAUUUUCUCUCAUUGUAAAUGACGCAGAUGAAGAAUCUUGGGUUAGUUAAAAGUAUCUUUGGUAUCACUGUGAAUUAUUUACAUUCUCUAACAUUGUAACUAACAUUGUAACGGCUACCCAAUAGAUUAAUUUGCAAACAUAACAUUUGAUUAAUUUGAUCUGUUCAUAGAAGAGUGGCUGAACAUGGAUACGGACAGGCCCACGGUGUCAAGACAUGCAGAGGUAGACACUGAAGUAUUAGAUCAACUAGAACAACACGAAGGUAAUUGAUUUAAUAUGGAAUAGCCUCAUGGCUACCUCAUCACUUUCACUCUAAAAGGUAUCACUGUGUGCAUUAUUUACGUUCUGCAACAUUGUAAAGGCGUCCGCAUGCUUCCCAGCCAAAACAGUUCGGAAGAGUUUGUGCAUGAUGACAUUUUGUGAUGUUUUUGUUCGUUUUGGACUUCGGUGAGGAACUUUUUUUCGGCUGUUCGGGCACACAUUUUUAUUUUCUUAAGGCAAGCUGAAGUUCGAAGCCAAAGUCUACGCCCCUUUGGUGAUUGGUCAACAGUAGGGAUUCUUCAAUGAAGUAUUUUUUUUUGUCAUUCAACAAGAGACGACUCGUUUUGAUGCAAAUCUUUUCAUUAAGAAAUACUGCACCAAACAUCUUAGUUAGAUGUAAAAUUGUGCGACUAAAAAACGUCUAAAUUAAUGACAGAUUUCUUGAGUUAUUUUAGAUUCAUUCUGACUGUUUUGAGGAAGCGUAUACUGGCUACGGCGUCUCAAAAUGGACAAACGGUACUAUUGCAGUGUUUUCUCGUUUUUCAAGCAAAGGUUUUUAUAAGGGAUUAUGUGAGCACACUCGUUCGGUUCGCCAGCCGAACUGAAGCAUGCUGACGCCUUAACAAAACGUUGUCACAGUUAUCCCAUGGAUGAAUUUGCAAACAUAACAUUUGAUUAAUUUGAUCUGUUCAUAGAAGAGUGGCUGAACAUGGAUACGGACAGGCCCACGGUGUCAAGACAUGCAGAGGUAGACACUGAAGUAUUAGAUCAAUUAGAAAAGAGCAGUAUUGUACAAGCAACCAACAAGCAAACAUUGUGGGCUAUAAACUGCUUCAAGGACUGGCUGGCAGAGAAACAGAUGCUAGUGGAUUUCUCAACCAUUGAGAAAUCCGAAAUGAAUGUCCUCUUGCGAGAUUUUUACUGUUCUGUUCGAAGGGGUAAAGGUGGGGAGUAUUGCAUCCCAAGCUAUAUCGGAAUCCGGGCUGGCGUGAACAGAUUCAUUAACCUCCCUCCCCUUAGCAGAGCCUGGUGCUUGAUGAAGGACAGUGAGUUUACCUCCUCUAAUAAUGUAUUUAUUGGGGUACUAAAGAAAAUCAGACGAGAGGGCAGGGACAAAACUACCCAUCCUAAGGUGAUUAAAGCACAAGACCUUGAGAUUCUUCAAAACUCUACUGUGCUAAGCCCUUACACACCCAGAGGACUAGUGAACAAAGUGUGGUUCGAUAUCCAGGUACACUUUGGCCCCAGAGGAAAGGAGGGCAAUAGGCGGCUAACGCCACAGUCGUUUGUAAUAAAGUACGAUGAAAACGGAGCAAAAUAUGCAACGAUGAUUUCCAACGAAGAAAGACCGAACCACAAAGAUGCAGAAGAGAAGAACGGGCCUAAUCGCUGUGGAAUCAUGUUUGAGAAUCCUGGUAGUCACCUCUGUCCGGUCGCCUCCUUGGAGAAGUAUCUGAGCAAGAUCCCGUCAGAUGCCACCGCCCUCUACCUCCAUCCUAAGAAGAUGGUCAUCACCAGUGAUAGCAUAUGGUAUAGCCAGGAGCCAAUGGGGUUCAACUACCUUUCAUCAAUGCUGCCCCGACUGUGCCAGGUUAGCUUUUUUUUUUAGCAAAUAUUGCAAUAUAAUUACGUAACAUUUGAAUAUUCGCUAAGUUGUACUCAACUCAACCUGUUGUUGCUAUUUGGCUUAAUUUUCUCUCUCGCUUGCUCUCUUUUUCUCUCUAUAGGAGGCUGGUACAUUGGAGAAGUACACAAACAACUGCUUCCGAUCUUUGCGUGAGAUCAUGUCUGUCAGC